GUCUUGGAGCCGAGUUCUGAAAGCAGCCUGCCCCCAUCGCGCCCCUUGGAUGUGGACAGCCAGGGUGGGUUGCAGACAGCGGCCGGGCCACGCUCUCUGGGGCAAGGGCCAGGCCAGGUGGGUGCACUGUCGCCCAGUAGCGAGUAAAGACUCCAAACUGAGGGAGCCAGAGCCCUAGUCACUCUACUAGUCGAGAGUCGGGACCCCUGCGGGAAAGAGGAAAUGUGGACGAAGGCAGCCCUCCCCGGAGACAGCUUGGAAGAGAGGGAUGAAGAUACAGAAAGCAAAACCCAAGCUAUCAAGUGCUACCUCCCCUGUGACAGGCCCCCAGCGUUGCUCUGCGCUUUCGCUGAAUGAACUCCUGAGCACGUUUUUCCGUUGCCUAGGAAGGGUUGGGCCGCAGCUUUCGCUAGAGCUCCACAACCCACCUGGAGAUAGCGGGUCGGGGAGGGAGCCACGAGGCGGGCGUGACUCCUGUUGCUCAAUCUUCAGACCGCAUCACGGCAUCAUUGGCACCUGGACCCGGGAAUGGGGGAAGCACCUGGAGGCAGAGAGGAGGCUUGAGGAAUGAGCCUUCUUGGUUGGUUCUAAGCCACAGCCCCUGUCUCAGGUUGUUUUGGCUUCCUUUCCUUCUCUUCAUAUUUGAAUUUAAAAACAUUCCUGAACCUCAAGUGCUUUUGCUUGAAGUUGGGGGAGGAAGAGAGAAAAGAAUAGAAGCAAGCCGAGCUUCCUAGGUGAGCUCUGAAAGGGGAAAUCCUUUCAUUACAAAUCUCACCCCCAAUUCUGAAAACUGAUAGCCUGAUAUCGUAAACUAAAGGUCAUGAGGGGUUUUGUUGCUGUUGUUGCUGGAUUUGUUCUGUUAAAAAUAAUUUUAAAACACCACUUGGGAAAUUUUGCCUCAGUUUCCCCAAACUGUCUUUAAAAUGGGUUGCCAUAUUUACAAAUCUUCAUUUCCUCUCACUUCUAUUAGCCACCUUUUUCAGGUCAUCUGAAGUCAAGAUUUCCGGCCUUUUGAAUGGACUGAUGUGUUCUAAGCCCGAAGACCCAGUAGAGUACUUGGAAAGUUGUUUACAGAAAGUGAAGGAACUAGGUGGCUGUGACAAGGUGAAAUGGGAUACAUUUGUCAGCCAGGAAAAGAAGACCUUACCUCCACUAAAUGGUGGACAGUCACGGAGAUCCUUUCUAAGAAAUGUAAUGCCUGAAAAUUCAAACUUUCCGUAUCGGCGGUAUGAUCGGCUCCCUCCAAUCCAUCAAUUCUCUAUAGAAAGUGACACGGAUCUCUCUGAGACUGCAGAGUUGAUUGAGGAGUAUGAGGUUUUUGAUCCUACUAGACCACGACCCAAAAUCAUUCUUGUUAUAGGUGGUCCAGGAAGUGGAAAGGGUACUCAGAGUUUGAAAAUUGCAGAACGAUAUGGAUUCCAGUACAUUUCUGUGGGAGAAUUAUUAAGAAAGAAGAUCCACAGUACCAGCAGCAAUAGGAAAUGGAGUCUUAUUGCCAAGAUAAUUACAACUGGAGAAUUGGCCCCACAGGAAACAACAAUUACAGAGAUAAAACAAAAAUUGAUGCAAAUACCUGAUGAAGAGGGUAUUGUUAUUGAUGGAUUUCCAAGAGAUGUUGCCCAGGCUCUAUCUUUUGAGGACCAAAUCUGUACCCCUGACUUGGUGGUGUUCCUGGCUUGUGCUAAUCAGAGGCUCAAAGAAAGAUUACUGAAGCGUGCUGAACAGCAGGGCCGACCAGACGACAAUGUGAAAGCUACCCAAAGGAGACUGAUGAACUUCAAGCAGAAUGCUGCUCCACUGGUUAAAUACUUCCAGGAAAAGGGGCUCAUCAUGACAUUUGAUGCUGACCGUGAUGAGGAUGAGGUGUUCUAUGACAUCAGCAUGGCAGUUGACAACAAGUUAUUUCCAAACAAAGAGGCUGCAGCAGGUUCAAGUGACCUUGAUCCUUCGAUGAUAUUGGACACUGGAGAGAUCAUCGAUACAGGAUCUGAUUAUGAAGAUCAGGGUGAUGACCAGUUAAAUGUAUUUGGAGAGGACACUAUGGGAGGUUUCAUGGAAGAUUUGAGAAAAUGUAAAAUUAUUUUCGUGAUUGGUGGUCCUGGCUCUGGCAAAGGCACACAGUGUGAAAAGCUGGUGGAAAAAUACGGAUUUACACAUCUCUCAACUGGCAAGCUCCUGCGUAAGGAACUGGCAUCAGAAUCCGAAAGAAGCAAAUUGAUCAGAGACAUUAUGGAACGUGGAGACCUGGUGCCCUCAGGCAUUGUUCUGGAGCUCCUGAAGGAGGCCAUGGCGGCCAGCCUCGGGGACACCAGGGGCUUCCUGAUUGACGGCUAUCCUCGGGAGGUGAAGCAAGGAGAAGAGUUUGGACGCAGGAUUGGAGACCCACACUUGGUGAUCUGCAUGGACUGCUCGGCAGACACCAUGACCAACCGCCUUCUCCAAAAGAGCCAGAGCAGCCCGCACGCGGACGACACCACCAAGACCAUCGCCAAGCGCCUGGAAGCCUACUACCGAGCGUCCAUCCCCGUGAUCGCCUACUACGAGACAAAAACACAGCUACACAAGGUAAAUGCAGAGGGAACACCAGAGGAUGUUUUUCUUCAACUCUGCGCAGCUAUCGACUCUAUUUUCUGAAGGCAAAAAUGCACGUUUGUUAGAGUGGAAACAGAUAAAAACAUUAAAAAGUUCAUUCCUUUCAAUGUUUCAAGUUAAACCUUUUGUGUUCCCCCUCCAAAUCCUGACAGCACUGUUUACUUCCCAGCUAGACCUGUGUGAGGUGUCUGGAAAUCAUGCAUGGUAUAUUUGGGAUUAUCAAUCUCUUCUCCAUACUUCAGACAACUGUCUGUGCUCACAGCACGCACCCCUUGUAUCAUGCAGGCCGCACUCAGAGCUAGUCAGUAUGUGAACAGUGGUGCCGUGCCAGUUGGUGUCCGUUGUGAUCGCAGGCCUUUCUAGAGGCUGAUCAUCUGGUUCUCAUUAAGCAUCCCUCCUCACUCCCAGUCACACCUCCUCUCCCCAAGAUUUAUAUACUGUUCCCCGAUGAAGGCCCCUGGCACAGGGGAUAGGCCUGGGCAUUUUCUUUGGUGUCUGUUUCCUCAGUUCAUCCACUAGUAGCUCAGAGCCAUAAGGUAGGUUGAUUACACAAUCAAUGCUUUGUACAUGAUAUAGAGGCAUCAAGCAAGUAAAAUUUGAUAGAAAUUUUAAAAUAUGAAAUUGCAUAGUUUUUCCAAGACGGCAAAACCCAGGUUUGUCAUCAUCAAUAACAUUCUCUUAUUAUUUUUAAGAAAGUUGGAAUACUGUCAUUAUGGCUAAGAGAACAAAUCUGUUAAGUUGGGGAACCUAGUAUCUUCUCUACAUGGUGACGCAUUUCAGCAAUUAUAAAUUAAUUAUCAAUGACCAAAAGAAAUUUUAAGCAUUAAGUGAUUUGCUAUUUCAUUCACUGGACACAUAUCAAAUUAUAAUUUUGAUUUUAAAUGGUCACCCAUUUAUUUGUGGCCAAGCAAGUAAGUAAAAAAUACCAUAACAAAACUGAUGUGGGUGGGAGGGGUGUCAGUAAGUGGUGUGUUCAAUGUUGUGUUUGUUUCAUAUGGGCCCUUUCCAGGAGCCUGCAAACUUUGUCAUACCCAUUUGCAAAACUGUGUUUCCUUGCAUUACCAGUGAAGUCUGGGUCCUCUUUUGUGCUAUAUCAGUUGUCAAAUCAGAGCUUCUUAUAUAUUCUACUAGAAUAACUGCAUCUUCCACUCAGUCACUACAAAAAAAUAAUAGUUUCGGUUUGCAUGAUUUUUUUUUUCUUCAGUGGUUGUGUAGAUAAGGAUCCAAUUCUGGGUAGAAUUGUAUUUUUUAAGUCAUUUUUUCUUGAAAUGGAAAUGUACAAAUAAAAUAAAUGAAGACAGGA